AUGUGCAGAUCCAAAGAGGCCUGGGAGCACUUCAUUUUUGUGCCCCUGCCGCAGUCUCGCGUCAAGACUAGUAUCGUUCCAAGAGUUCAGCAUCGUCGGGUGGAUGAAUCGUCGACGGCCUUGCAGGAUGCCGUGAUGGCAUUAGGUUUGGCCGGUGCCGGUGCCGUGGGGACGAUGCUGGCACCCAGUGCUGCAUUCAUGAAGCUUGCGAUGAUGGUUCCACCACCGCCAAGUCUACCACCGCCUGCCCCACCACUGUCAGCGGCCACGGCCAUUGCAACACCACAGCAGUUUAGUCUCUUGGACACCUUGUUGCCCAACUUCAACACGGACACCUUCAUUUGGCGCGUCAGCAUGUUGCAAAUUACCGAAUAUGUUGGUUCGUUGCUGCUGGGAUCUGCCUAUGGAUCUCCAAAGCUCUGCUCCCUGUACCUGCUGGGCGCCUCAUGGGGCCCUGCCAUCGCACAGGGCGCAGUGUGGCGCCUCAUGUUGCCCAUGAUGCUGCACGCAAAUGCACUGCAUAUCUUCUUCAAUCUCUUCUUCCAGAUGCGAAUUGGCUUCGACAUGGAGAAGCAGUUUGGACGCCGCAAGUUCUGCCUGCUCUACAUGUUCUGCGGUUUCCUGGGGAAUCUGAUCUCGGUGGCUGUGGAUCCUAUGAAGCUGGCCGUGGGAGCUUCUACCAGUGGCUUCGGAUUGCUGGGGGUUUGGGCUGCAGAGGUUCUCCUCACUUGGGACCUGUUGGGCGAAAGUCGAUCCAGGAUCUUCUUGUGGUUUGCCUUUAUGUGCACUUCGUGCAUCAUGAUGUCCACCAUUUCGCCCAACGUGGACUUUGUGGGGCACUUCGCAGGGAUGUUGGCGGGUUUUCUGCUGGCUAUCAUCCUAGCAGAUAUGCAGGAGGAGCACCAACCUCCAUGGUAUAACAAGGCCAAACUCACGGCGAAGAACGUCACGGCGCUGAUCGUGAUCCUGUCCUUGGUUCGGGCCAUCACCCUGGGCCCAGACGGACCGAUCCCCUAUUGUGGUACCAUCUUUCAUCCCCGCCGCCUACCAUUCUGA